ACACACAGACAGAUAUAGGCCUAUAGUCCUCUAUAGAUCUGAGCAAAAUUGAAGGCUUGGUUCCUUCUCUCCGUGCUUCCCCGCACGUGCCAACAGUGAAAAACAAUGGAGUCAGAUCUCGAGCAACAGCCGCAGGUGAAUUCCUCGGGUUUAACUCGGUACCGAUCGGCGCCGAGUUCUUAUUUCUCGAACAUCAUUGACCGCGAGUUCUACGAGCACGUCUUCAACCGUCCCUCGAGUCCCGAAACGGAGCGAGUGUUCUCACGCUUCAUGAACAGCUUAAACAGUGAAGAAGAAGAUUCGCUCCAUCAGCACAAGCUCUCAACUGAUUCUUCUUCUUCUUCUGCGGCGGUUAAGGAAGAGGUUGUUAACCAACAUGACCAGAGCGUCAACGAGGAACACGUGGUGGUGGCGGCGCUACAGCAGAGUAAUAAUAACAUGAAUAGUUAUAACAACUCUGCUUCUCGUAAUUUCUACCAAAGCUCCUCCUCCAAACCUCCCUUGCCGAACCCGAACCCGAACCUGUCCUCAGGUAUGGAACAAGGAUCGUUUUCAAUGGGACUCAGGCAUAGUGGAAAUAACUCUAACCUUAUCAGGCAUAGCAGCUCACCCGCAGGACUAUUUUCCCAAAUUAACAUUGAAAAUGUGUAUGCUGGUGUGAGAGGCAUGGGGACUUUGGGGGCUGUUAAUAACAGUAUCGAAGAUGCAAAAUUUUCUAGUUCGAGAAGGUUGAAGAAUCAACCGAACUAUUCUUCGUCGGGGAGAAUGUCGUCCAUUGCUGAAAUUGGGGACAAAGGGAAUGGAGAAAGUAGUCCAGACAAUGAAGCUUUUGCUGAUGGUAACGAUUUUAUCACCGGUUUCCAAGUUGGUCAUUGGGAUGAUGCUGCAAUCAUGUCUGACAACGUUGGUGGUCUCAAAAGAUUUAGAGAAAACGAUUCAAAACCAUUUUCUGGCUUAAAUGCGGCUGAGACUCAGAAUGAAACAGGACAGACUCAUGCUCCUUUGGCCCAUCAGUUGAGUUUGCCAAAUACUUCAGCUGAAAUGGCUGCCAUUGAGAAGUUUCUGCAGUUUUCAGAUUCUGUUCCGUGCAAAAUCCGUGCCAAACGGGGCUGUGCCACUCACCCAAGAAGCAUUGCAGAGAGGGUUAGAAGAACUAAAAUUAGUGAGCGUAUGAGGAAACUUCAAGAUCUUGUCCCAAACAUGGACAAGCAAACUAACACAGCUGAUAUGUUGGACUUGGCUGUGGAUUACAUCAAAGACCUUCAAAAGCAAGUUCAGCUGUAGGGUGCCGGUGUGCAAGUGCAACUUCUUCAACGGUUGUGGAGGCGGGGGAGAAUAAUUGCUUAAAAAAGUUGACUUUUUGAUGCCGCAUGAACAAAGCAUGUCAUGUCUGUACAAUUGUUAAAGUUUGUGUUGUGAGUUUAAUCCGUAAGCUUUGAGGACCCCAUUUUAGGGGUCAAAAAAAUCUAAAUCUAUCGGUAUUGCAAUAACUGUACGGGUUUGGUUUCACAAGGAGAAUUGCAUAGCAACAUGGGGGCCCUAGACCGACAUAAAAUGGUUUCGUUGGUGAUCCAAAUUCCAAAGUGAAAGUGUGAGCGAGGUUUACCGUUUACCUCUAGAUGUGUUCGAUAAAGCCAAUUUAGUGGUUGUCGUAUCCAUUUUUGGGGCUCAUUAUCUCAAACCAUUUAUGAACGGUGGCUCUCCAUUAUUGUGAGGAUUUGUUUGGAUGCUAUCUAUCACCAAUUUGGAUUCGACUACUCUGUAGUUUAAUAAAUGAUAACUCCAAUUAUGAUGUGAAUGCAAA